AUGGAAGCCUCACAAGAAGGUCAUGUAGAAUUAGUUCAAUAUUUAAUUGAAAAUAGUAUUGAUGUUAAUCAAACAACAUCAGCUGCAUGUGCAGGUGGUCAUCUUAAUGUACCUUCAUUAUUACUUAAACAUAGUGCAGAUUCAAAUCAUAUACUUAAAGAUUAUUCGAAUUGUUUAAUUGAAGCAGCAAAAGGUAGUCAUACAGAAAUAGUAAAAUUAUUAUUUGAAUAUCCGAAAAGUAUAACACAACGAAUACAAACAAUUAUACCGACAAGUUCAGUUGAUCCAUUAUAUCUGAAUCUAUCGAAUGAAAAUCAUCCAAAUGAAGAGUGUUUAACUACAACUAUGUCAAAUUCAUUUCCAUUACUAUCACCACCAGGAGAUAAUAAACGAACUUCUCAGAUGACUAAUGCACCAAUUCAAUUACUUAAAAGUCUUGAAAAAAUCGUUUCAAGAAAUAUUCUUGAUGUUCUUCAAACUGGUGUUAAUAAAUCGACAAAAUUACAUUCAGAUAAUGAUAACAAAGAUAAUACAACAUAUUUAUGUUUGAAUAACAAUCGAUCAUAA